AUGGACGACCGUCGCGAGUCCCGCGCCUCGCACCGUUAUUCUUCUCCUCACGCUGUUUCUUCACAUCGACAUCGCCACAACUUGAACCUAAGGGAAGAGACGAGACGUAGCAGGCGCGCCCGAGACUCCGAAUACUACCAUGAUAGGCAUCGCCUGGGGUACCUACGGACCCGCGACAACCGCGAAAGAGACCCUCCGACCGAGCCCACCACGCUCACGAAGCGGAAAUAUUCGAGUCCGGUUUCGGAUAGCGAAGAUCGAGAGCGAUCGCCAGGUACUUCGCGAGUCAAGGGGGAAGAUGAGGCAGACGGUGACCGUUUUCUUCAAGGGUUCGCGUGUGCGAAGAAGGCCAAGGUCGACAGGCGUUCGGAUGCCGACCAAACUCGGGACACUUGGGACCACAGUGCUCGCGUGGAGCCCAUGAACCCUCUUCCGCCGGUGCUAGUUUAUAGGGGCCCAAAUCACCUUCCUGUUCCUAGUCAUGUCAAAGACGUAGUUAACAAAAUCCACGAACACUACGAAUCGGUCAGCAAGCAGCUCUGCAUCUUACCAGUCGACGAAGCCACGUCGUCGUGGAUCGUGAGGUGCAGAUUCUGCAACUAUUUCAGCAACGUUAUCUCGGUCGACGGCGGAUCCGAAAAGUGCAUCAUCAAGCACUUGGGCAAAGCUCACCACGUGCAAGCAUACGCGCUUUGGAAGCGCUCCCCGACAUCGUCGAAAAUCCACGCGCUGCCUCCGGCCCCGCCCGCAGUUGUAGAUGUUUCUCCCGGUUUUGGACUCCCUGCGAUGACCACCCCUUGGGACGCAGAAGCUGCCCGCACUCGGGACGCACAACAGUCUUACUCGCCCCCGUCCAUUCAAGUAUACACCACGCCUCCCCCUACGCCUCUUGCGCACUACACUCAAUCCCAGCACACCCAUGACUCGUUCUCGCACGACUCCUCACUGGAUGAGGCACCUACCGCGAUGUCUCCACGUGUCCCCAUAUCACCGCACGCUUUAACGUUCUCUGUCCGUCACUUCCAAGCCGCUGCCUCUCAAAGCUUGGGAAUCCCCGUCUCGCAGACAGCACAUCGGGCUGCUCAACUCAGCGUUGCGCCGAGCACAGAUCCCCGCGUUCGACCCAAUGCGUCUGCAUCUGGUCCGGCUCGGACGACUAGAUCGGUCUCCUCGAGUGAAGAGGCUUCAGGAUCGCUCGCACCAGCUCCCCAGUCAUCCAUGGCUCUGGCGCAAUUCUCGACUUACCACGAGGACGAUAAUACAGACGUCCCUCCUGGCGAAACCGACCAGCAUUCCCCUUCACCUGUCGCAUCUCAGAACCCCGCCGCGACCAUCGAAAGGCACCCGCGCGUUGAAAGAGCGCCACAACCUGCUGGGUCGUCCGCCAUUGCCGAUCCCGCCUCCAUCCCCACCCCCUCAACAGCAUCCACCUCCACCUCGCAGCAAAGUCCUUCCACAUCUCGUUCGAGAUCUGCCGCUACGCCCCCUGCGACCGCCCAUCCUCCCACCGCCGCCAUGGAUAGUCUCUCACGCUUCUGCGCCGAGAUCGGGCUCGGACAGGACGGCGCGGCGCGCGCGCAGCUGCACAUGCUCGGGCUGACGAGCGAGGAGCGCAUCCGCGGGCUCGGCCGGACGUCGCGGCGGACGCGCGACUCGCUGACGCGCGAACUCGAGGCGGUGGGGCUCGACUGGACCGCGCGGUCGCUCGUCAUCGACGGGCUCGCGCGACGGGCGUGUCCCAAGGAGGGGGGUUUGGACUGGAAGCUUAUCUCUCCCCUGCUGCCUUCUCCCACCGGGCCCUCUGCUUCUCCUGUGUUUUACGUGGAAGGACGACGCAAACCUCCUCCCCUUUCUCCCGACACCUCAGCCAUCGCCUUGAAGUCCGACCUCGGAAUCAGUGCCGUCAACAUGGAACGCAGGCGCUCCCCACCCCACUCUCGCAAAGGUCGACCAUCGGGAAGCGCCCUCGAGACGCUGGAGGCCAGACGGGGCUGCGUAUUGAGAGGUUACGGACUGAGGCGACUGAGGUUGGCCGAGAUGUCUCUCAACGUGUUCCAUGAGAGCGUGCGGUGUAUAAUAUAUCGAGGCAUGGCGAAUCUCAUACCACCUUCUCAUACCAUCCACACCAUCAACAAAGUCCUCUCUCAGUGUAACCCGACCCACGGAACAAUGUGCCUCUACUGCAAGUUCAUCGUUCUCCCCCUCUCCCGGGAGCUCCCGCGCACGGGCAACCUCCGUCGACGACGGCCUUGCAGGUUUCAGAUACCCGGAAAGCCGUCCGAACCCCCACCUCCCCACCGAUCCAAGCUGCCGCUCAAUCUGCUGCGCACCAUGCCGCCGUCCAGCCCGCGCAAGCUCAGAAACUUCCUGUCACACCGCGCCCCGCGCCGGCCCCACGACAGCCCCUUCUGGUCGUCCCGUCGCUCCCCAAUCCUCCACCCAAGGCCCGGGCCACCCGCAUCCAAUGCGGGUGAUGGACCCUCGUUUGCGCAACCCACGCGCGCCGGCUUCUGCCUCGCACGCAUCGUCUCACAGCGUAUCCGCUUCCACCCCCGUCCCCACCGCCAGUUCCAGACGUACAACAAGUGGUCAAACUUCGGAAGUCCGUCAGUCUCCGCCCGCGGUAUCACUUCUAUCCCUGUGCCGAAGACUGCGGCCCCCUCAGCAUCUGCGAGCUCGGCCGCGGCCAUGACACCUUCAGGUGCUCCUCCCAACACCAUUCCCAUUCCCGAACCACGGUCGACGGUAUCCUCCCCAGAUGCCCCGAUGACUGCCGCCGCCGCCGCCUCCACACCCGAACGCCGCGCCAAGCGCGAGCCGACCCUCUCCGAUUACAAGCCUCUGACCCCCGCUCCUUCUCCUUCUCCCGAACUUCAUCCCGUCAGGAAGUCCAGCGGCGGAUCCCUGACGACCUCGAAGGAGACCCCGCCCGUCACUAUGCCAACCUCGACAUCCCCGGCGCGCACAACCGAAGGCGCACCAGAGCCAGCUCAAGCUAUCGGCUCUUCUCCAUCCUCUGAACCACUCGCACCUGCCCCACCGACCGCGUCACCAGCGGAAAUCGGCCUCGCCGCGGACGUCGCCGUCGUCCUGCGCGAGCUCGGGCUCACCGACGACGCGCGCAUCCACGCGCUCGGGGGGACCUUCCGGCGGACGCGCGACGGGUUCGUGCGGCAGAUGACGGCGGCGGGGCUCGACUGGACCGCGCGGUCGCUCGUCAUGGACGGGCUCGCGAGGCGCGCGCAUGGAUGA